AUGACGAGCCCUUCAGAGCCAAAGUCCCAUAAACGAAAACGGGAGAUCGAGGCAUCCGUCCUCGUUACACCGAUUGACGCCAAGGAACACAAAAAACGCGAUGCUGCACUCUCCGCAAGAACAGACGACAGCAGCACCGGAAAGCAAAAGAAAGUGAAAGGCACGACUCGGAGAGAGGAUUCGCCAGUGUUGUCUUCAGAUGAAAUGACGGUUCUGCCUAAACACAGCAAGGAAAACUCCGCAAGCAAGUCGAAAGAGAAGAAGCGCAAGAGCUCUAGCAAACGAAGCGCAUCGCACAACGAUAUGGAGUCUAUGCAACCAAUAUCACCGCAGUCUGAUGCAGAAGAUUCUUCAGAUGGUAUCAAUCAAGUUGAUGACAAACCUAAGACCAAGCAUGCAAGAAUAUUGUCCAAAUUCGAGCGCACCAAAAGUGCCGCAAGCAAGAAGCUCAAGACCCAAAAAGGCCUGGAGCCAUUACCACAACCGGAGAAUCCACCCGAGGUGGAAGAAACUCCUACGUAUUCAUCCCUCCCCGCCUGGUUAGCCAAUCCCAUCCGCACCUCGGCGAAGGAGCGUGCUCCAUUUUCAGAGUUAGGUAUCAAACCGGAAUUAUUGCAUACACUUGAGCAAAAUGGCUACAAAGAGGCAUUUGCGGUUCAGUCGGCGGUAAUUCCCCUUCUUCUAGAAGGUGGCAAAGCCCAUCCCGGAGACUUGUGCAUAUCUGCUGCUACUGGAUCGGGAAAAACGCUUUCCUAUGUGCUUCCUCUCGUUACAUCUCUCAAGCCAAGACCUGCUUCUCGCCUGAGAGGUAUGAUUGUUGUACCGACGCGAGAGUUAGUGAAACAAGCGCGUGAAGCUUGCGAACUCUGUGCGUCCGGGUCUCGGCUUCAUGUCGGGAGCGCGGUCGGGAACGUCGCCAUCAAAGAGGAACAGAAACUUCUCAUGCGUGUCGACCAGAUUUACAAUCCCGCAACUGUUGCACAGCGUCAGCAACGAGGACUGCAGGGGAAUGACUGGAUGGAUUUCAGCCUCGAAGAUUGCGUGACCGAGGCGGUUGACUCCACCGGGUUUCUUCCUGGCUAUGUCCAGCGGCAGGAGCCUAAUGUAGAUAUUCUCAUCUGCACUCCCGGUCGACUGGUAGACCACCUUCGCUAUACUAAAGGCUUUACACUCAAACAUCUAGAAUGGCUUGUCAUUGACGAGGCUGAUCGUCUAUUGAAUGAAAGUUUCCAGGAGUGGAUCGACGUGGUCAUGGGAUCUCUGGAUGCAAGGCAAGCACCUGAAGCCUUUGGACCUGGCGGAAAGUUGCUCUCCACUCUUGGCCUUGCAGUAGAGACGAGGCCCCCAAGGAAGGUGAUCCUGAGUGCCACAAUGACUCGAGACAUUUCGAAGCUCAAUUCAUUACGCUUGUCGAACCCGAAGAUGGUCAUCAUCGGUGCUGAUCAAGCAGCGGACUCUGAAGAUGCUAUUCACGCGGAUGCCCACUUUGCCCUGCCUCCUACGUUACAUGAGCAUAUCGUUGCCGUGGGUGAUGAAUCUCAGAAGCCUCUUUACUUGCUGCGCCUGCUUCUAUCUCACAUCCACAUCGAUGUCGAUAGCAAAAUUGGGUCUACUGCAACCUGGUCAGAGUCGGAUGCGGAUUCAGACAGUACCAGCUCUGAUGAAACCAGCUCAGACGAAUCAUCUGACGAUGAGACAUCUUCUUCUGGGUCGGAUUCGGGUUCGGAUUCGGAUAGCACUUCAGACUCAGAUUCGUCUAGCGAUGAAUCUUCUAACUCAUCAAGCGGUUCCGAUUCUGAAGCCUCAUCAAAAUCCGAGAGUGUCGAGCCUCGGGGCAAAGCGCCCCGUACCACUGUAUUGAUUUUCGCCAAGUCUUCUGAAUCCGCAUCGCGACUUUUCCGCCUAAUAUCACUUCUCCAUCGUCCCCUCGCCAAUCAAAUGGGCACGAUUAUCAAAUCGAACAAGUCUUCCGCAUCUCGCAAGACCUUGACUGCGUUCCGCCAAGGACGGAUCUCCGUGAUUGUGGCAACCGAUCGUGCCUCUCGUGGUUUAGAUUUGCCAUCCCUAACGCACGUUGUGAACUACGAUGUCCCAACCAGUGUCACGACUUAUGUACAUCGUGUUGGGCGAACCGCCCGUGCCAACCGUGAAGGCUCGGCUUGGACUCUCGUUGCCCAUCGCGAAGGACGAUGGUUCGCAAACGAGAUCAUGGCCAACACCGAAGGUCGGAUCACACGCAGUGCGGGCGCCAACCGAGUUCAAGUGAAGCUUGAUUCCCUGAAGGCGCUUCAAUCGACGUAUGCCGAUGCUUUGGAUAAAUUGGAGCGGGAAGUGAAGGUUGGCAAGACGCCUAAGCCGCGAUCAUCCUCAUCCUAG